GUGCUGGAUGAACCGAUUCCAAUUCAACAACCGGAACCUGUUCCUGUCAUGUGGGAGCGCGGUAAGAAGAAACCAGUUGCUCAAGAAGUCACUGAUACUCAACAAAUUGUGCAGACAUCGAAAGUGGUCGAGCAACAAAUUGUCGAGGAGACAAAGAAAACGGCAGUGCGUCGGGUAAUACCCCCUCGAGAGCCAGAACAGAAAGUGGAACAAGUGACUCUUAAGCCAACACCACGGCCGGCACCUAAACAAGUCCAAAAGGCCGAAGAAUUCCAAUUGAAACCACUCAAGACAACGCGAACCAUUCAGCAAACUGUUCAAGAGUCGGUUCAAGCCACCGAAGAAGUUCAACAGAUUACUGAGGUGACAGAGGCUCCCAAGACACUUGAAAUUGUCACGGAUACUUUGGAAGAAGAAACCGUCAAGCCAGUUGAGCCUCAACCGCAGCCUGUAAUGUGGGAGCGUGGCAAGAAGAAGCCUCAACAACCUGCAACUCAAGAGAUUCCCCAGUCUCAUGAAGUCGCUGUUGAUACUCUGGAGGAAGAGACAGUUCCAACUGUUGAGCCAGAGCCACAGCCAGUGAUGUGGGAACGUGGCAAGAAGAAGCCUCAACAGCCUAAGGCUCAAGAAAUUCCCAAGUCACAGGAAGUCGCUGUUGAUACUCUGGAGGAAGAAACAGUUCCAACUGUUGAGCCAGAGCCACAGCCAGUGAUGUGGGAACGUGGCAAGAAGAAGCCUCAACAGCCUAAGGCUCAAGAAAUUCCCAAGUCACAGGAAGUCGCUGUUGAUACUCUGGAAGAAGAAACAGUUCCAACUGUUGAGCCAGAGCCACAGCCAGUGAUGUGGGAGCGUGGUAAGAAAAAGAAGCCAGUUAAAAAAGAAUUGGUGGAAGAGACCGUUCCCGAAGUACCAACAAAAACAUUUGAAGAAGCAGUCGAUACUCUGCCUGAUGAAGUUAAGGUUGAGGAUAAGCCAGAACCUGUUUUAUGGCAACGAGGUAAGAAGAAGACACCACAACCUAAGCCAGCUGAAGAGCAGCAUCCUGAUGAAGUCGACGCGUACAUUGAACAAGUCAUCGACGUUGAGGAGGAACAAAUUGUUGAAGAGAAGCGUAAAAUCAAAAAGGUUAAGAAGCCUAAGCUUCCGCAAGAGCCAGUUGAACAGCCUGAAGAGGAGGUCCCACAUGAAGAGACUAUUGAAGAACAGGAAGAUAUCGUUGAAGAAGAGGAAGCAAUAGUAGAAGAAAAGCGUAAAAUAAAGAAGGUCAAGAAGCCAAAGAAAUCUGUAGAAGUGGCUGAAGAGCCAGAAGAGCCUACGGAAGACAUUCCAGAAGAGGAAGUUGUCCAGGAGCAGGAAGAAUUGGUUGAAAAGAAACGUAGAGUUAAAAAGACAAGAAAGCCCAAGCAAACAGAAGCGGAGCAAGAAGAAGAGGAAGAAGAAGAACAGGUUCCCGAGACGCAACCCGAAGAGGUUCAAGAAAUCGAAGAGCCUUCAGUUAAAGAACCGACUAAAAAGAAGGUUAUUCCUAAAGUCCAAGAAGUGGAGCAGGUGGAAAAGGUUAUGUUGAAGCCUGUGCCGAGAAAGCAACAGCAACUGCCUGAAAAAGAACAAAUUGAAGAAGUAACUCUGAAGCCACGUGCAAAAACGUCAGUUGUCUCCGAGACGCAACAACCCGAAACAACUGAAACUGAGUUUGUCGAGACAGAAAAGGUUGUUACGUUCGAAGACCAGGUGGUAGAUGUUACUAAGAAACGCGUUAAGAAGAAGAAGCCGAAGGCAAAGCCAGAAAGUCAAGAAUCAAUCGAAGAGCCAGUUGAAGAACCUGUUGAAGACAUCGAGGAGCCAGAAGAUGAAACUCUACCGGAAGAAAUUGACGAGCCUGUGGAAAAUAUGGCAGAGGAACAAGUUAUUGAAGAAGCUCCAAAGGAGAAGGUUACGCGAUUCAAGCCCAAAAAGGAAGAAGUUGUUGAAAUGGUUGAAGAAGUAGCUUUGAAACCAGUAACCAGACCAAAGAAACAAUUACCUCAGGAAGCUACAAUUGAAGAGGUACGCCUCAAGCCGACAAAGCGCACAACUGCCAAGCCUGAGGAAGUCAAGCUCGAAGAAGUCGAUUUGCAACAUGUUGAAAAGGUAGAAGAGAAAGUCAUUCAAGAGGAGAAGCGAAAGGUUAAGAAGGUAAAGAAGCCAAAGCAUGAAGAACUCCCCGAAAUCCCAGAUGCAGAGCCUACCAUCUUGGAAGAGGCUGAGCUAAUCGACAUUGAGAAAGAGCCUAAGCCUGAAGAAGAGAAACCACAAAUACCUUGGAAACGUGGCGAGAAGAAGAAGCCAGUGGCAGAACCCUUAGAGGAAAAACAAUGGCCAACUGGCAAACGACGACCUCUGCCUGAAGAACAACCUGAAGAGGUACAGCUCAAGCCAAUUCCAGCCAAACCUGUUGAAGUACCUGCAGUGCCUGAGAAGACAGUUUCCCCACCUGAGCUACAGCCUGAAGAAAAGGUUGAAAGCGAGGAAGAGAUUUCUGAUUUGGAGCCUCUGAAACUACCAGAAGAGAAACAACCCAAAGAAAAGGUCAAAAAGGAAAAGAAAAAGAAACCAAAGUUGAAGAAGGCGACACCAUCAGUGGAUGAGGUAUCCGAAGAAGUGGCCGAGCCAUUUGCAGAGCCAAUUGCUGAAGAAGAUCAAGUUGAAGAACUGCCAGUUGAUGAUGUAAAAGUGGUUGCUGUUUCUGAAGACGUGCAGCCGGAGGAAGAAGUUGUGAUAACUGAGAAAACACCCGAAACAAAACAAAAGGCACACAAGAAACGUACAAAAGCACUCAAAGAAGUUUCGGUUGAGGGACAGCCGCAACUUUUGGAAGCAGCUGUUGCCGAAAUCGAAAAGGCUGAUGAAAUUUCUCAAGAGAUCUCACAAAAGACUAUAACACUACUGAAGAAGACUGAAGAUACAAGACCUCAAUUCAUAACAACAGAACAGCUUAUUGAACUCGACGUGGAGGAUGUAAGACGCGAUCUCGAAAUGAAAAUCACUUCAAAUAUUAUUAAGAAGGAGAAACGGCGUGUUGUGCUCGAUGACAGCCAGCCUCUGCCCGAAUUGGAGCUAAUAACACAGAAACGUAUUCAAGAGGGCAUCGACAAAAUGGCCGAUGAGGAGUUGAUCGAGGAUCAGCAACUGACUCAGAACCUAGAGGAAACAACUACGUCUGAGGUAAUUGGCCAGGAACGCAAGCUAGUCAAAAAGAAGAAGAAGGAAAUCAAGCCACCGCGCAUCACAGAGAAGCUGCGACCACGUCAAUGUGUUCCCGAAGAGCCCACCGUCCUCGAAUGCAAGGUUGAAGGCGUACCAUUCCCAGAAAUCAAUUGGUACUUUAACGACAUGCUAUUGUUUGCAUCGGAGAAGUAUGAAAUCACCGUCGUGGAGCAGGUGGCACAGCUAAAGAUUGCCAAGGUCACACCCAGCGAUGUGGGCGUUUACACCUGUGAGGCGAAGAACGAGGCCGGAGUGGCAACAAGUCGUACCAACAUAAUAUUAGAAAAAGAACAAGGAGUCGCACCACAGUUUACGAAACCUCUUAAGAUCGUGUUUACAGAGGAAAAGCAGCCCGAGCGGCUUAAGGUAACCGUCACGUGUCAGGUGACAGGCAAACCCAAUCCUCAAGUUAAGUGGUAUCGUGGUAUUGAGGAAGUGGUACCCAACGAAGCUCUGCAGAUGUUCUACAAUCAGGAGACUGGCGAUGUUGUCUUGGAGGUGCUAAAUCCACCUGCCAAUGAAGCCAUUACCUAUUCGGUUCAGGCACAAAAUCAAUUCGGACGCGCCAUUGGCAAUGCCAAUAUUAUGAGUCGUCUGGAUGAAACUCCCAAAGAGAUUCUCAAACCACCUACAGUUACGCCCUUGAGUGCGGUUGUGGUUCCCAAUGGAGGCACCCUGCUCUUCGAGGCCAAAUACGACGGUAUGCCAAGACCCGAGAUCAAAUGGUUGCGCAAUGGUCGUGAGAUUAUCGAGAACGAGGAAACCAUUAUAGAAACAACCGAAACAACGACAACAAUCAAGGUUAUCAAUAUGACUCGUAAGCGAACAGGAAAGUACGAGGUUUGUGCCAAGAAUAAGGUGGGCGAGGCCAAGUCUUCGGGCUCUGUAGUUGUUUCUGAUCAAGCACCAGACAAGCAAAUAAGACCACCCAAAUUUAUUCAACCACUUGAGCCGAAGUUCUUUGGCGAACACGAAGUUGCGAUACUUGAGGUUGUUGUCGAUUCAGAGCCGCUUUCAUCCUUCCAAUGGUUUGUUCAUAAUGAACCCAUUAAGAGUUCCAAUGAAUGCCGUAUUGUUAGCCAGGCCAACAAGUCAACGCUCUUGAUUGAGGACUUCCAAAAUAAGUUCUCUGGACCGUUCACUUGUCGCGCUGAGAACGUUGGCGGCUCAGUCACAUCAACAGCAACAGUUAAUAUGCUGGAGGCUUUGCCCCAAGAAGAGGCUGUGGAAUUCGAAUCGCCACGUUUCAUUGAGGAAUUGAUUCAGCCCGUAGAGGUUAUGGAUGGUGAAACGCUGCUAUUGACUUGUAAAGUGACGGGCAAGCCCACACCUAAAGUAGAAUGGUACCACAAUAAAGAAAAGAUAACAGAAACAAAGGAAACCACACUCUCGCAGGAUGCGCAAGGAAACUGUCAGCUCCAAAUAACGGAAGUUUUCCCUGAAAAUCAGGGCCAAUAUAAAUGCGUUGCGACAAAUAAGAUUGGCAAAAGCGUCACGAAGACAACAGUUAAUAUUCAAGCAUUUGAAUAUAUCCCCGAUUCUGAAAUCACUGGACUCACAGGAUCUGAGGAGGAUCUACUUGAUAGAACUAUCUCAAUCGACGAACAACCUCCGAAAAUUAUUAAAAAGCUACCUGAAAAAAUCGAACCCAAAGAGGGUGAGCAAGCGAAAUUGGAAGUUAAGGUUAUUGGUAAACCAAAACCAAAAGUCAAAUGGCUACGUGACGACGAACAGAUAUUCGCCUCCGAGGAAUAUCAAAUCGAAAAUUUCGAAGAUGGGACCUCAGUGUUGGUCAUCAAUCAUGUAUAUCCCGAUGAUUUGGGCACAAUUAGUUUUGAGGCCUACAAUCCGUUGGGAGUGGCAGUAACAACUGCAUUAUUCGCAGUCGAAGGCAUCGUUGGAUCAAAGGAUUAUCGCAAACCAGAAUGGGUGACCCACAUGGAAGAGAUGCAAGUCGCUCUCAAAGAAACUACAACCACUAAGGUGGAAAAACAAUUCAUACAGCAACAACAAGAACAUGAACAUGAACAAGCACUAGGUCAACAACAACAAUUACAAAUACAGGCUGAACAAACUGUGCAUAGAAAAACCAAAACUAAAAAGCAUAAAAAACAUACAGAAAUUAUACAACAACAACAAGAACAACAAAUACAACAAAGUAUUGAAGAGAUCACAAGCUACGAGCAAAGAGAAACAUUUGCAGAGGAAUCGAACACUGAAGCACCUACAAUUGAGACACUCGAGCAGAUUGAAGAGCUUUUGCCAUAUAGCACAAAUCUAUCCACGCAAAAUGUACCAAAAAAUACACACGAAACAAUUCCAGUUUCUGUAACAACAGAAUUCUCCACACCUAAACCUAUCGCAGCACAAGUACAUGACGAACUCUUACCGCAAAAGACUUUAGCUGUGAAUGAGGAAUGUUUAGCAUUCGAUGAGGUAAGUUCUAGCUUGGCUCCGACCAGUCCGGCGACUAGUGAGCUAAUCGAGCAAGUUGAAGUUCAUGAAAGACAUGCAGCUUCUAUUAUUGAGACCCAGACAAAGGAAACUCACAAGGAACUGAAGUCUUCUAAAAUACCAAAGCUCAUACAAGCUGAGCGUAAAAUAAAGGAGUCGCGUCCAUUGCUAAUUGAAGCACCUAGCAUCGAGGAUUCUAUCGUCGAUUUGGAGUCAGCAAAAGCUCCCAUUCAGCAAGCACAUGGUGAAAUCCUGUAUUCCCAUGAGCUCACCUCACAGCAGCAGUCUAUUUUGGACAGCGUCGAAAGCCUGAAAACCCCAGCAGCUAAUACGGAAAAAGCCCAAUCACAAUUGCUGGAAAACGAAAGUAUUCUGAUCACUGAAUCUUUUAGAGGAGAGACAGUAGAUAAGGAAACAUCGCCAAUAAAGCCCAGCAGCGAGCAAAUCUCUCCCAAAUUCACCCCAAGUGUUAGUCUAGGCAUUAGUGAGUGCCAGCCGGAAGAUUCUGUAGCGGAACUCUCAUCAUCAAAAGUGGUUCGUGCAGAGACCACAUCAAUUACAGUCGAAGAGUUUAAGGCAUUCAGCACUAGUGAAUCUAGGGCAUUAGAGUGUGAAGAGAAUAUGAGCGCAGUAUGUCAACCCACAAAGUCUAUGGCAGAAUUAUCCAUAAAGCCCGAAGAGGCACAGCCUGUGGUGCAGCAAGUUGACAUAAUGGAGUCGAUUACUGACGAAAAACCAGCACCACAGCAUAUUAAGGAAAGUCAGGCCCUUAAACAACUAGUGUUGAUGGAGAGCCUUAUAAAUACCACAGCUGAUGCGCGUAGUCCCAUUGAAGAGUCUUUGCCAGCCUUCCAGACAGAUGCGCACGUAGCAGACUCUAGCUUGGAAACACAAUCGCAUGUUAUUACAGAGCAGACUGUUUUCAACGAAGAUGGCCCGAGGGAAUUAGCUUUAGAGAAAAUACCCAAAAACAUAGCAGCUACUUUAAGCCAAACCAGUUCUCUUACAAUUGGAGAAUCCCAGGAAACGCAAUUAGUCGAAACGACGGAAAAGCUGGUUAAGCCAACUGUUGAGCCAGCUAAGCCCGCGAAGGAGUCAUUCACUACGGCCUUUGGAGCCGCUAUUGGUAAUCAGGAGGCAAUAUAUGAUACCGCUGAGUUUAUAGAACAUUCAGCCACCGAAUUGAAUCAAGGUAAAAUAAAUAUAACAGAAGCAGAACUAGUGGCAGAAGUGCAUGCGCAAACGAUUAUUGACUCUGAGCAGAAAUUGUUGCCUGAUCUGCCCGAAACUGGCAAGGCUAAGCUGAAUUUUAUUGAACAAAAGGCAUUGGAUAUCAAGCAGGAUACGGGUAUUGAGAAAGAAACUAGUCUGGUCCCUAAAAAGCCACUGGACGAACAAGCCGCUGUGGAAAAAAUGAUUUCCGCUGAACUGAAGGCGAGCAGUGUAUGGGAAGUACAACCACAUGUUAUGCCUGCUGAUAUUGCAAGUGAUAGUUGCAAACCAGCAUCAGCGAGUCCUGUGUUCGAGACAAAAACAGUUGGAGUAACAAUUGAACAUGAAUCGCUAAAGGGCACAGAUUAUCUGGAGACCCAACGCCAACCCGAACUUAGGUCUGGUCAAUUACUUAUGAGUGAAAAUCAACAGUCGUUAGAAGUAACAGCAGUGCAGGUCAUUGAGAGCUCCGGAAUUAUCGAAUCAGUACCGCAGCAGCCACAAUUAAAGGCUGAGGAAAAAACUGACACAUUAACUCAUACUCAGUAUGACGAGCAAAUAAUAUUGGAGUCAACUAUGGACUAUGCAAGUGAAGGCAAGCCAACUGCGGCCCUUGCAGAUAUUACAAUGCCUGCUCAAAUUGGAGCUGAUGUAAGAGAGCAAGCCUUACUAGAAAGCUUGCAGCCUCAGCAGGAAGUAGUACAGCCCCAACAGCAAAUGUCAGCAACCACUUUUGACCUUCUACAACCAUUGGAGACCAGUUCUCAUCUUACUCUAGAGCAGGAAAUGGUUUUGCGGCCAGAUGAACAAAAUAGAGUUCAGAAUGCUUCUAUCGGAACUCUCAGCGCUUUACAAGUGGCAAAUAAAUCAAGACCUCAGCACAUGGAAUCAGUUCAAGAUCUUGGUGAGAAGACGCAGCCCACUCAGCAACAAGCUGAAGUCAAUAUAGGCGAAGUAUCACUACCUGAAUGUGAAGAGGUAACACCUUUUGAUGCUGUAAAAGACUACUUAGCACCUUCUCUUAAUAAAUCGGCUAUAACUAAUGUACAAAUCAUAGAAAAUACAACCGCUUUGGACACUACGACAGCUAUAACUCAUGAAAAAGCUGAUGACAUUGAAGAGCCAAUUGUCAUUCAACAAUCUGCUCUUACUCCAAAAUUAAAUGAGUCGACCAAAAAAUCGCCAAUUUUAGAGCAGCCGAAUGUUUUUGAUCAUAUUGCAGAGCUGCACGACUUUAAUCCAACUUUAGAGACUACUCAAAAAACACUAAGCAGCUUUGAUGAAAUACAUGUUCAGGAAACGAAAACAUUUGAAAAAGAAAUUACACUCGAAGAGGACUCUAAGCCGAUCAAGCAGUUGGCUAAAGUAUCAUUAGAUUCAACAACUGGUAUUGUAGUCAGCCAACAGGAGAAUACUUUCGAAUUGGAACGUGAUCUAGAGAUGCCAACUACUUCAAUGGAGCAAGCAAAAUGUAUUGCCUCCGAAUUGCUAAAGCUUCCACUGACCGAAGGCGUGCAAGACAAUCAAUCAACUGGAGAUCUGGCUGAGUUUAAGGUUUCUAAUAAAUUUGCAAUAUCAAGUAUUGAUGCCUUAACAGAAUCAACGACAUCUGAAGCAAUCAUAUAUGACAAUGUCUUAUUAACUGAAGUUAGGGAUCAGCCCGAAUGUGUGAGUUCUCAGUCAAUAAUUCCCCAUGAGCAUAAGUUGAUAACUGAGUGUGUUGUCGUUUCCGAAGUGGAAGAAUAUGAGAGAAUACAGGCAAAGGAAAGCAGUGCUAAGCCCAUUCAGGAUACAUUCAGCCAGUUAGCUGUAAAGGAAAAUCAAAAUACACUAGAGGCAGAAUCGGAAUUAAAAACAAAACGAUCAGAGGAAUUCAAUGCAAAAGUUAGCGAUGUUCUUUCACCUCUCUACACCAAGGGAGUCGAUGAAAUCAAGUUGUAUGAAACAGUUGCUCAAACGAAGCCUACUGAUAAAGUUAGUGAGCAAGAAGCCGGUAUUUCCCAUGUAAUGUCGCAUGUACCUAUUACAAAUCUACAACAAAUUAUAGAAUCAACAGACAAACUUUUCGCCGAGGGUCAAACAUGCUCGAUUGCCACCUCAAGUGAUAAUGCCUCACAGUUAAAGGUACCUGUAAAUACUUCCAUACAAACUGUAGAGGACACAAAUGAAUUCAUUCCAUCAACAUAUAUUGAGUCAACUGCUCAACCCAUUUUGGAAGGACAUCAUUAUGAAGUAACAGUAACAGAUAGUCAAUACGUAGAGGGUACAGAAGCUUUAUCGCCAACUGACGAAGUACUUAGAAAGGCAACUGAAUCAUUGAAUGCAAUAUUCAAAGCUACAUCACAACUAGAAGAAGUGAACGUAUUUCAAAAGGAGUGUAUCAUUCAACCUACAGAAUCUCGAGAAAUCACAGCCAAAUCUAGCUUAACAGACAUUCUUCAGCACACAACAACAACGGAUGCAAUACCCUAUGAACAACCUCAAGAUAUUAAACAAGCCGAAUCUAAUACUCAGAAUCUUCAGGAACCUCAAUUGGUAUCAACCGACGCCAAUAAACUUACCGUUCAACUUGAUGACCUGAUUCUGCAAAGAGAGGAUACGUUCUUGGACACUCAACCAACAGGUUAUGGUAAACCUUUUAUUGAAGGUACGCAACGUGAAAUGCUUAUCUCCGAAGUCAUACCUAUUGAAAAUAUUGACAACUUAGCCUUGCCGACAAUUAAGACUGAAGAAUUGUCGACUAAUGUAACAUGUCAAACAGAAAUUCAUAAAACUGUAUCGACGGUUGCAAUAUACGAAAAAGCAAACGACCUAAAGUCUGAGCACCCAAUUGAGAGACACGGAGCGGAACACACGGGAUCUGAUAUUAAAUGUGCUCAAGUUACAACAAUGCAAACUAGCUUUAUCAAAGAAGAUAAUAUGGCUCCCCUAAACAUAGUCAAAAAUGUUGCUCAAGCUACCAGCACAGAGAGAGUGCCAUUAAUAACCGAAGAAGUUAUCAGCGUGAGUUCUAUACAAGAAAGCUACGAUCUUAAUGUACCAACAGAAGUGAAUGCUGAUUUAAAAUGUGAAAUGGGAAAUCAGGCUACAACUAUUACAGAGCAAUUUAUUUAUGAGGAAUCUCCCAAUAUAGAGCUUGAACAGAGCGAACAAUUAACAUCAAAGAUCAAUUUGGUAGAAAGUUCUACGAACCCAGUUCAAACAUCUACUGUAAGCGUAUACGAAAAUAUUGAAGGACACGGCGUUUUCAAGCCACAAAGUGCGCAACCAAAAUCCGAUAUUUUAACGGACCUAAAGGUUUCAGUGGUGGAGGAAGUUACUGUCGUAUCAUCUAUAGAUAGUUUGCCGAAAGAGGAGCCUACACUGGCAACAGCAACUAGCGAUAAUAUACCACAUAGAAAAGUGCUGGAAACCAGGCAAGAGCCCUGUGAAAAUGUACAAAAUUUAGUGGACGAAUCCACGCCAAUGGUCUGUGCGAGCUAUACACUUGCGGAUACAAAAGUUGCAGCCGUAUCCAGUGAACCUCAUGUGAAGGAAACCAUUGCUGAAACAAGCAGCUCCACUGUAGAUUUGGAACAUGCCAAGCCUUCAAUAAUACCUUUCAGCUCUCAGUGUCUCAGUGAACAGAUAGUUACAGAAGAACAAGUCACUACACUCCAUAAAAAGAAUGAAACACUGCACACAAAUGCAAAUAUAAGUUUUGAAGCAAUCAAUAAAAAUCAAGCUGGUAUCUUAAAUUUAGAAUUGAUUGAAAAUGUUCAACCUACAAUAGAGGACAAAGAGAGUGCUUUACAGAGAACAUUAGUUGUCUCUAAUAAUAUAAAUGUUCAUUUACCCAAAGAUGCUAAAUUACUUGAAAAAGAUAAACCACAAACUGACUUAGAGCUUAAAUCUGACUCAAAUAUACAAUAUCUACCACCACUAAGUUCAAAUGUAACAAAACAUAUGGUAAAAUCCCAUACAGCGGAGAAACAACAACCCGAACACACUGAAACGGAACACCCAACUUACAUAACAACAUUUAAGUCUGUACAAAACGAAGAUGGAGAAACUUCGAUUCAAACAGAAAGUAAGAGAAUUUCUCAGGAGGAAGGCAUCGUUGUUGAGGAAGUACUCAGUGACACAGAACCACUUAUGGAAGACACCACACAAUCAAACAUUGAAAUUGUCGAAGUCAACGAGCCUACAGACCAAUACAACAAAGAGUACACUAUCACAGAACCCGAAGAUGCAAGUGCAGAUAACACCGAACAAACACCGACCAAAGUUAAGAAACCCAAACAGAAAAAGACACAACCAGAACAAUUCGAACAGAUUGACGAGACAGGGGAAGAUGAGGGAGGUUCUGGGGAACCUAUAGACAAAACUAAACCGAAACGCAAGCCAAAGGUUGAACAACUAGAGGAAGAUGAGGUUGAAAAAACUGCUAAUGAAGAACAGGGUACGGAACCAACUAAGAAAAAAGAUAAGCCAAAGAAGAAAAAGAUCGUCAAAUCAAAACGCGAUGAAAUGGAUGACUACAUACAGUUCCUAAUCCAUCAGGAAAUACCAAAAACCGUUUUACAGCCGUAUGUACGUACGGAAAUGGAACAUCCGCAAAAUGCUCGGCGAGACUCGUUUAUUAAGCCCAUGAAGCUAACUCCCAUGAAAAUUGAGAAAAUAGAAGUGAAGAAACCUAGGAUGGUUGAAAUAAGUUCUGUGGUCGAAUUUCCGCAAAUGCUCAAGCUCAAAACUCCUAAACAGCGUCCACAAGAGGAAAAGAAGAAGAAAUUGAAUGAAGCAUCCUUUAAAAAUAAGAAACUUAAGAGCUGGAUAAGAUUUAUACCUUAUUCGCCAUACUGCUUCCCGUAUACAGUUAUUGACAUGGAAACUAAUCAAGAUAAUGGUGAACUUUCGCGAACUAUAGAGGAAGCGGAAGAAGUAUUAAAGAAGCGGCCAAAGAAAUUCAAGCAUACAAAGCCCGUAAAAGCCGAACUGGAAGAACUAGAUUUGGAAGCAUUUGAAGAUAAAAAGGAGCCAGUAGAUGAACAGCCAGACAAACCAAAAUAUCAACGCGGUAAGAAGGACACAAAAGAAAAGGAUGAAAAGCCAAAGAAAUUGAAAAUUGGCAAGGGUAAAAUUCCAGAAAAUAUCGAAUCCACCGAAACCGUGGAAUUAAAACCAGUCAAAUUUGACGAGAGUGUCGAAGAAACAACUGAGAAGCCAGAGCAAAAGCCCAAACAAAAGAAACCGGCUAAGAAGACAAAGCCAUCCACAGAGUCUGAUGAUAAUCUAAGCUUCAAGCCAGAUUUGAGUGAUGAGGACACUGAAGAUAAAGAAAUCCAAUCUCUCUUCAAAUUCGAAGUCAUUGAAAUGGAACCCGAGGAAGUGGUAGAGGAUACCACUGAAAGUGUUGUGCAUCCCGUUAAAGAACCAAAGAAAAAACGCAAGCUAAAGCUUAAAACUGAAUUAGAAGAGAACAUAAUUGAGAUUGUCGAAGUUUCUCCGAAUGAUGCAGAUGAUAAGCAAUAUGAAGUUACAGUGACUAGUUCUGAAGUUAACGAGGAUCAGCCCAAGGAAAAGAAAAUACUCAAAAAGAAAAUAAAACGUAUGAAUAAAGAAGAACUAGACGAGUUUGUAGCAGAGCUCAAAGAAGAGCCCGAUCAAACAUUCUAUGAAACUGCUAUGACUGAUUUCUAUGAAGUUAAGUUAACUGAACUCGAACCUGAGAUGACUUCUGAUGAAAAUGUGCCGAAAAAGACUCCUAAGCGUAAAAUUUUGCAUAAGCGGGGAGACAAAGAAGAGAUUCUAGAAAUUGUAGAAACUCUUCCUUCAUCCGGCGAGGAGCCAUUAUACGAGAUAAUAGUUACAUCUGUUGAGCCCGAAGAUCAGACUGAUACUGAAAAGACAGUUGAGAAACCAAAACAAAGAUCUAGGAAAAUGAAAAAGGAUGAUCUAGAUGCGUAUAUACAGCAGCUGAUAAAUGCAGAGAUUCCAACAACUGAACUUGAGCGAUAUGAAAAAACUGAGAUUGAUGCAAAACCAAAGAAACCAAAGAAACAUAAGACCAAACAACCACAGGCUCCCAUCGAUGAAGGUGAAGCUUUUGAAGUGGGCAUCACACAGGAAGAACCAGUUAAGAAACCCAAGGUCAAGAAACCGAAGCCUGAACCUAAAGUCGAAGAAGAAAAGAUAACUGAGCCGGAAACUGUUAUUGAAUACGAUGAAUUCACAAUCAGCACAAUUGAUACGCAGCCCAGUGCUCAACAAAUUGAAGAAGAAACAAUUGAGACUGUUCCACUCGAUGUGGAUGACAUAAUAACCGAUAUUGGCGAGACUCUCCCUAUUGUGGUAUUGGAGGAGUACACUGAGACAAUUCCUGAAUCUAUUGAAGAAGUUACCAAGCCAGAAACUAAAUUAGUUAAGCGGCGCAAGGUGAAAACAAGGAAGGGAUCCAAGCAGUACGAAAUAGAAAUCGUGGAAAGCCUACAGCCGGAUGUUUCUGAUGAGGAAGCAAAGGUUACAGUUAUAACAACUGAGGUCGUUGAAGAAAGUACUGAUGUACCGAUUGAAGACAAGCCAGAAACACCAAAGAAGAUUGUCAAAAAGGUGAAAAAAGAUAAACUCAAGGAGUACAUUGUCAAGAUCGUCGAUGAAGUACCAACAGAACUGCUUGCCAACAUUUCUGAAGAUGUAUCCACCGUGGUAGAUGUGAAGCCCAUUGAGGAUGAUGAUGUCACAUCUUUCAAGACUACUGUUGUUGACGAUAUUAGCGAAGAUGAGCUCAAGCCAGAAGAAGAAUUGGUUGAAAGUCCAACUAGCAAGCCAAAGGAUAAAAAGAAGAAAUCAACUAAGCCAAAGAAAGUUACAAUUAUUGAAGAGCAGCCAGUACAGAUCGAAGACAACACUGAGCAAGAGACGUAUCCUGAGGAGGCUGAAGAAAUAACUCAGAUACCGUCCUUCGAUGAUUAUUCAGUUGAAAUAACAGAAACGGCUCCUAAACCAAAGAAGAAAGCGCCGAAGAAGAAACCUGAGAAAACAACGCCUGCUCCGAUCUCUGAACAGACAGUUCGUAUUGAGGAAUUCGCUCCUGAAAUAAUAACUGAACAAGUUAUCAAUGAACAAGGCGAGGAGGUAGAACGUAUUACAACAAAGCGAAGACUUAAGAAGAAGGAAGGUCCAAAGGAAUAUCUAAUCGAAGUUGUUGAAACUUACGAAGAAAACAAGCCCGAAGCAGAAUUAGUUAUUGAGACUACUGAAAUAUUACCAGAAACAGAAACUGAAACACCCAAAGAUCACAAAGUCAAGGUUGUAAAGAAAAAGAAACCCAAAUCAGAGAGUCUAGAUAGUUAUAUUCAGAAGCUAAUAGAAGAGGAGGUUCCAAAAACAGAGCUUGAAGUUUAUGAAACAACUGAAAUAGAUUCAUCACCGGAAAUCAAGCAACCGAAAAAGAUAAAGAAACACCAUAAGAAAAUCACUGAAGUAGUUGAUGGAGUCCCACAUACAGUACACGAAUUUACCAUUCAAGAGUUCGAGCCAGAAGAAGUGGAGCAAGUUCCUGAAGCCGUUAUAGAGUUAGUGGAGGAAGAAAUCCCAGAAACGCAGCCUGAAGACUUCGAAGUAAAACCAACUGAAGAACAGCCAAAACGUAAGCCGAAGAAGGAAAAGAAAUCUAAGGUGUCAGUGGUUGAUCAAGAGCCAGUUAGCAUUGAAGAUAUUGCGGAAACUGUUGAAAUUACAAAGGUAGUUGAGGAUGAUGGCGCUACUAAAGAGGUUCAAGUGAAGAAGCGUAAGGUCAUACGCAAGCAAGGUCCAAAGGAACACGUUUUUGAAAUAACAGAGACAUCUACUAACGAAGAGCCUUUGGCUGAAGUCACCAUUGUUGAUAUUACAGAAGAUGAAAAGCCUAGUGAAUCAGAUAAUGUUAAACCGAAGCGUAAAUCACCAAUUAAAUUGCCAAAGAAACUUAAGCCCGAGGACAUUGAAAGCUAUGUAAUAAAUAUCGUGGAAGAGUUUAUUGAGCCAAUAGAGCAGUUUGAGGAUAUUACCCAAGUCCAGGAAACUCCUGAAGCGGUUGUUGAAGAAGUUACUCAAGUUGAGGAAGUUCCCGAAGAAACUGUCGAAGAAAUCACUGAAGAUAAAAUCGCUAAAAUAAAAACUAAAACGACAAAGCCUAAGAAAACCAGCAAAAAACCAGAAGAUCACACAAUCCGUAUUGAAGAGCUUGCUCCUGAAACCACAAUUGAAGACAUUGUAAAUGAAGAAGGAGAAGAAGUUAAGCAGGUUAAAACUAUAAAGAAACUCAAGAAAAAAGAAGGACCCAAAGAGUAUUUGAUUGAAAUAACCGAAACCUAUCAAGAGAAUAAGCCAGACGCCGAUGUUGAAGUAAUAACUACGGAAAUACCUGCAGAAGUAGCAGCUACGAUAGAUGAAGAACAGCCAGCGAAGGUAGUUAAGAAAUCGAAAAAGAAGAAGGCCGUAAAGGAUGACUUAGAUAAAUAUAUUCAAGAACUUAUUGAACAAGAAAUUACAAAGACGGACUUGGAGCAAUAUGAGCCCACGGAAAUCGACGCAAAACCUAAGCCUAAGAAAAAAGUCAAAACCCAUCAUAAAAAGAGUGUGGAAAUAAUUGAUGGUCUUCCCGUUACUGUUCAUGAAUAUGAUGUUUCCGAAUUAGAGCCUGACCUUACAGAGGAAGAUAAGGAAUCUGUAAUAUCAGAGAAGCCUGAAGAGUUGCCUUUGGAGCAUGAUGAACCCGACAAAUACUUAGUAAACGUACUAGACGAAAUCUUAGAACCAACACAGACCAUUGAAGACAUAACUGACGAGCCGACGACAAAGCCUAAGAAAGAAAAACCACAGAAAAAGAAGAAGGUUGAAAAAGUUCCAAUAGUCUUAGAUGAAAUAGCUGAAACGACUGAAGUUAUUCAACAGCCCACAGAAGAUGGUGUUGUGAAAGAAGUGACUGUGAAGAAGCGUAAGGUUACUCAUAGAAAGGGUUCUAAGCAAAGCGUAUUUGAGAUAACGGAAACCACUAGCGAUGACCAUCCCAUGGCGGAAGUGACAGUCGUUGAGUUAACAGAAAUUGAACUAUCAGUGACUGAAGAAACGCCCGUUAUUGAACAAAAAGUAAUAAAGAAACCCAAAAAGCUAAAGAAGGAAGAUAUACAGGAAUAUGUUAUCAGUGUAAUUGACGAUUUUGUGCAAGAAAUACCCGUCGAAACAGUUGAAGAAGAUGUCAAGGAAAUUGUCGAAGAGAAAAAGAAGAAGACCAAAAAGUCUCCAAAGGAAUAUAAAUACAGCGAAGAAGAAAGCUUGCCCGACAAACUUGAAAUUCCUGAAGAGGAACAGCCUGAUCAGCCUGAUGAUGCAGCACUUGAAACACCAGAAGAAUUCACUGACUUUGCUGUAGAUGUUAAAGAAACUGUUCCCACUGAAGAAAAGAAACCUAAAAAACCGAAGAAGCAAAUUAAGUCAAAGCCUGUCGAAGAAACAGAAGAGGAUAAACACCCCGACUAUAAUGUAAAGAUAUCUUCAGUGGAUGAAAUAGAGGAGCCUGAAUUACCAGAGUCUGAAAUUGAACUUUUGGAGUCAGAGGCAGUACAGCCAACAGAGGAACCAGUUUUCCAAAUAGAAGAAAUCGAAACUAAGCCGGAAAUAGUUGAAGAACAGGACGAACUUGGUGAAACAACUAAGAAGGUUGUCAACAAGCGCAAGAUCAGAAAGCAAGUUGGUCCCAAAGAAGAGAUUAUAGAAAUUGUCGAGACUGAAAAGGAUGGCGUACCAGUAUAUGAAGUCUCAGUAACUGUUGAAGAGGCUGAAAAAGAAAUCGAAGAAACUCCUCAAGAAGAAAAGCCAAAGAAGGUCAAGAAGACUAAAAAGGUGCCCAAAGAUGACUUACACGACUAUAUACAAAAACUUAUAGAGCAGGAUAUUCCAAAAUCUGAAUUGGAGAAAUAUGAAAAGAUAGACUUCGACGAACCAGUUAAAAUGAAAAAGAAAAAGCCUGUGAAGAAGGUUAAAAUUACAGAGGAAGAAGUACCAGAUGUAACUGAACAGUUAAUAACAGAAUCUCCAGAAGAUAAGACCCAACCAUUAGAAAGUCCUUUGGAUGAAUCUCUGGCAAUGGUUACGAUUAAAGAAUUCGCAGCGCCAACACCAAAAGAAACAUCCUUCGAAGUUACAGUUCUAGAAGAAUUUGUGGAAAAUAAGCCGAUCCCCGAUGAGGAAGGUGAGAUUAAAGUCAAGGAAGUAAAAACAAAGAAAAUAAAGCACAAAAAGGGCCCAGAAGAGGUGAUUCAUGACAUAACAGUUGUGCAGGACAAGGAUACCGGUGAAUCUGAAAUUACUAUUGUGACAUCAAGUCCUAACGAAACUGAAGAUCAGCAUGAGGUAACUGUUAAGCAAAAGCGUACCAAAAAAGUGAAAAAGGAUGAUGUUGAUGAUUUCAUCAAAACAGUUAUUGAAGAAGAUAUACCAAAGGAAGAGCCAACCGCCGUUGUUGAUGUUACUGAGGAAACAGUUCCUAAGCAAGUUCCAGAAAAGCCAAAGAAGGUUAAGAAGAAGGAAACAGUCCCAACAACAGAAGAAACUCCAACGCCCACAGAUACAGUAGAAAUCGUUGAAAGUCUCCCAGAAGAACAACCAACUGAACAGUUCAAGAUAGAUGUCGAAGACACAACUCCAGUCGUCGAGUCUGAUAAGGAACAUGAAAUAACUGAAGAAGUAGUAGAGCCACAGAAGAAAAAGAAGCCUUCGAAGCAAAAGGUUAAAGUUUCUGAAGAGCAACCUCAGGAAGAAACUGUUGUGGAACCUUUGGAGGUUAUAGAAAAGGAGACUGAUAUCGAAGAGCCAGAAAAUCAAGAGUAUAGUGUUACUUUCUCGGAGGAAGAACCUAAAGUUGAGGAGAAACCAGAAAAGAAGCCCAAGAAGGUUAAGCAAAAACCAGAUCAACCAGACGAAUCCUCCUACGAAAUCUCUGUCAAGGAAAGCUAUAUUCAACCGGAAGAUCUUCCAUCAGUAGUUGAAAUUAUCGAAAGUGAAACUAAAGCGGAAGAAACCACAGACGAUGCUGGCGAGGUCCAUAAGGUCGUUACAACAAAACGUAAGAUUAAACGUCCAAAAGGAGAAACUGAUGAAAUUAUUGAAAUAAUCGAAGUAGUUACUGAUGACCAGCCCGAUGCAGAGAUUACAAUUGUAGAGUAUGAACCGGUGCAAGAAGAAGAAGAAGAGAAGCCGAAGACACCGAAAAAGAAAUCCAAGAAAGUGAAAAAGGACGAUAUCCAUGACUAUAUACAGAAACUUAUAGAUAUGGAAACUCCUAAGACUGAACUGGAGAAAUAUGAGAAAAUGGAAUUCGAGCCAACAACCAAAGAUAAGCCUACUAAAACUGAAGAUAUUGAAGUGGUAGAAGAGUCGCCAACUGAUAAGCCAAAGAAGGACAAAAAGUCUAGGCCAAAAGAGUCACCAAAGAAAGAGGAAUCUUUACCAGAGCCUGUGGCCGAAAUUAAGGUUAUCGAAGAGGAUGUGGUGGAGGAGCCGAAGGCAGUUGAAGUGGUUGAAGUUCAGCCGGAGGAAGUGCAGUACACUGAAACAAUCACUGAAGAAGGCCUUCCAGUUCAAGAGAAAACUACUAAGCGAGUAUUAAAGAAAAAGGGUCCCAAGGAAGACACCACCUUUAAGAUAACAACAGUCGAAAGCGAAAAUAGUGAUACCGUAACUGUAAUCGUUGAUGAGGAACCUGAAAUCGCGCCAGUUGAGGCUAUUGAAACUAAGCCAGAGGAAAUAGUUGAAGACAAGCCGAAGCCCAAACCUAAGCCAAAGAAGGUUGUAAAGAAGGUUAAAAAAGACGAUUUAGACGAUUAUGUUAGGCAACUGAUAGAGGAAGAAAUACCCAAGACUGAAAAAGAGGUUUAUGAAAAAGUAGAAAUGCCCGAUAAGCCGAAAGACAAAUCCCCAACAGAGAGUACUUUAGAAGAAGUUAAGUCUAGCGAACCCGAAAUACCAUUAGCAGCUGCUGAUUCAACCAAACCUAAAAAGACGAAAACACCUAAGCCAAAACCAGUUGAUGUAGUCGAACAAAGACAAGACGAACCUACAGAAGAGACAAUUCCCAAGACAUCAGAAAUUACAGAAGACACAACAACUCAAAUUGCACACCCCGAGGACACAGCCACUGCACAAAUUACACCAAGCGCACAAGAUGAAAUACCUACUCAAGAUGACACUAAAGAUACAGUUCAAAAAACAAUUAAGCAUAAGAAAGCAAAGCCAGACACAGUAAAAAGCGUUGAAACAAGUGAAGCACCCGAGGCUUAUAAGGAUUAUCACAUAAGCAUAAUUGAUGAAGAGCCUGAAGAAAAAGAAGAACAGCCCGACAAAAUCUUGGAAGUUAGAGUUAUCGAUGAAGUUUCCGAAGUCGAAGAGUCUCAACCAAUCGUCGAAGAAGUCGAAGAGGAGGAUGAAAAGCCGACUACAGAAGAUACUGUUGAGGACGUCACGAAGCCAAAGACAAAGAAAAAGAAGGUUGUGAAAAAGAAGACCAAUGAACACGAUGAGUUGAUACAGAAGUUGCUUGAGCAAGAAAUCGAGAAAACAGAGCUAGAGAAAUAUGAGAAGGUCGAAUUCGACAUACCCAAGAAAGUGAAACCAGAAUUCGCUAGUCUCGAACCAAUGAAAAUAGAAAGAAAAGAACAGAAGCCAACAAAGGUCACAAUCGUUGAUGCCGCUGAAGUACCUAAGAUGGUGAAGCUAAAGCCUGGAAAACGAAAGGAAAAACCAGCAGAAGAACAAACUGUGCAGCUUCCCAAAUUCAGACUUAAGACUCGUAUGGUUAUGGUUGAGUAUCCGCCAGCACCACUUGUACCAAAGUUAAGUGACAUUGGUUCAGUGAAGCAGAAUGGUGAUCUCUCACGCAAUAUUGAGGAAGCCGAGGAGCUACUUAAGUUCAAGCCACACAAGACCAAGAAAAUUAAGAAGAUAAAGGAUGACUUAGAAAAGGUCGAGCUUGAAAAAUACGAAAAAUAUGUUAGUAGUGAAGAGGAACCUGAGGAAAAGCAACCAUACCAAAAGCCUGAAAAGGUACCAAAACCAGAGGAAAGUCCCGAUGAGGUAAAACUUAAGAUUGGAAAGGGUAAGAAAAAGCCCAAGGAAGAAGAAUCUCCAGAAAGUGUUACACUCAAAAAGAUACCUCAAAAGCCCAAGGAAACUGAAGAAGAAAUUGAAGCGAAGCCCAAGGAAAAAGCCGAGGUAACGAUUGUAGAGCAACCAAAGGAGCCAAGGGAACAGGAUAUACAGGUUGAACCAUUUGAACCAAUCGACUAUGAGCGACCGGAAUAUGUUCCAGAAGAACUUGAGCAAGUCGAACAGCCAGAAAAACCAGAAAAACAAAAGAAACCCACUAAAACCAAGUACAAGCCUAAAGAAAAAACGAAGCCUGAACCAGAAACGAUUAUUACAGAAAUCGUACCUGGAAAACCCAAGGAAGAAGAACAAGUUCCUGAAGCUGAAAUUAAGUUCCGCAAGCCGGAGAGUGAAGCACCAGAAGAAACUGAUUCUCAAAUCAAGCUGAAACCAUUUAAAAAGACUGCUGAAGAGCCAGUAGUUGAAGAUGUUGUUGCAGAGGCAACGGUUUCGGAUCCCAAGCCAGAAGAAAAGGUUGACAUCCCUCAAGAUGAAGUCAAGAAGACUAAGAAAUCAAAACCGAAGCCCAAACAACAACAGGAGGAAGAAACAGCUGAAGAGCAGCAACCAGAAUUUGAAGUCUCAGUUAAGGAAGAAGAGGCUGUCACUGAAAAGCCCGAAGAUAUCGAAAAGCCCAAAGAAGUAAAGGUUAAACAAAAGAAACCGAAAGAGGCGCCAACAGCUGAGGUUGAAAUCGUCGAAGAACUGCCGCAACCAACUGAAGUUCCUGAAGAUAUACCUGUCGAGUACAAAAUUACAACGACUGUCUUAGAACCGGAAGAAGCACCAAAGGAACACCAAGUUAAAGUGAUUGACUUUGAUGAAAAGGAAAUAACCACGGAGGAAGUUGUUGAAGAAAAGGUUGUUACCAGGAAGAAGAAGCCUAAGCCAGAACAACCAGAAGAAUUCCAAGUCACUCUUCAGGAGCCACAACAAAUACAGCCUGAACCAGAAGAAGCAAUUGCUGAGGUUCUGAUUCCUGUUCAAAAACCUCAACCAGAAGCUGAAGAGUUUGAAGUAGAACUAAAGAUAACCGAACCGCAAGUAGAGGAACAAGAAGUCGUUGUAAAGAAAAAGCCCAAAAAGAAGCCAGAGAAGAAGUCAGAGGAGGUUGUCGAAAGUGUAGUGAAAGAAGUGGAAACUCUACCGGAAGAGCAAAAAGAAGAAGAUAUUGUCGUUGUAGAAGAAGAAGCAAAGGUCGAAGAACCACAACCAAAAUCUUUCGAAUUCCAAGUCACUGAAACUGAAGCUCCUCAAAAGAAACCGGAAGAAGUCAUUGAAGAAAAGCCUAAAGAAAAGGUGAAGAAACCAGCUCCAAAGGUAGAAGAGAAGUUUGACUCUUAUCAAAUUUCCAUUAAGGAAACAGAGGCCGAGAAAGUAAUCGUGCAGGAAGAACAACCUACUGAGGAUGUUCCCGACGAAGCAAUAUUUACUCCAAGGCCAAAACAACCUGAACCAGUCGAAGCUGAGUUUGUCAUGACAGAACCAAAGCCGACUGAAGAGACUCAUGUAGAAGCUGAAAUAAAACCAAAGAAAACAAGGAAGCCAAAGAAAACUGAAGAGGUUACUAGUCUUGAUGUUAAAGUUGUUGAAGAAGUGGCAGCUCCUGAAGAGGUUGUAGUUGAAGAACAACAAAUAGAGAUUGUUGAAAAGGAAACUAUCCCUGUCGAAGAAGCACCAAAGGAAUACACAAUUCGAGUCUCUGAUUCACAAAUCGAGCAACCAGAAGAACCAACUGCAGCUGAAUUUACUGUUAAAAAGGCAAAGCCCUCCGUUGUGGCUACUGAAGAGCCGGAAGCCGAGUUUGUUAUGAAGGAAAGCAAACCAGUGGAAGAAGUUACCGAAGUAGCCGAAUUAAAGACAAAGAAACCUAAAAAGAAGGUCAAGGAGGUUGCUGCAGACGAAUUAAAGAUCCAAAUCACUGAAGAAAUACCUCAAGAAAUUCCCGAAGUGGAGGAAAUUGAGGAGGUUGUAACAGAAGUAAAGGAGUCCGUUCCUGUUGUUGAAUACAAGUCGUAUGAAAUUGGUGUAAAAGAAAUAGUACCUGAGAAGCCUGUUGAAGAAGAAGUAAUUGAAGAGCCCGUAGUAGAAGAACCUCAAGUCGAAGAGAAAGCUCCAACUGUUGAAUACAAAUCAUAUGAAAUUGGUGUGAAAGAAUCAGUUGUUGAAAAGCCUGUGGAAGAAAUACCAGCAGAAGAGCAAUUGGUAGAAGAGCCCAUAGUUCAAGAGCCACAACCAGAAACAUUCGAAGAACUUAAAGUCAGAGUGAUUGAAGAGACGCCUCGUGAAGUUGUUGAGGAAGUUCUCGAAGAGAGUGUUAAGGUUCAUCGUAAGAAGAAGCCGAAACCAGAAGUAACAGAAGAGCCUGAGGCCCAGAUAAGCAUUUCCGCUCCUAAACCUGUUGAUGAAGUGGAAGCGGUUCAAAGCGUUACCAUUGUACCCGAAGUACCAACAGAAGAGGAAGCUGCUGAGCUUAAGAUAACUGUUAUUGAUGAAAUUUCCGAGCCUCAAGAGCUAGUCCAGGAGAUUGAGGAAAUAGAAACAGUCGAAGAAGAAAGCUCUGUACCAGUACCUGAAGAAAAGCCAAAAGACUAUCAAUUUAGCAUUAAAGAGUCUGAGGCACCAAAGGAAACUAUCGAGGAAUUGCCAGAAGAACAAGUUACUAUCCCCAAGAAGAAAAAGGUUGUAGAGCAAAAAGAAACGGUAGAAGAAUUACCGGAAGAACAAUUCACUAUUCAAAAGAAGAAGAAAAAGCCUGUGCCUGAGGUUGUCGAGGAGCCUGAAGCCGUUUUUGAAAUUAAACAAAAGCAACCAGUCGAAGAGGUUACAGAGGAGGCUAAAAUUAAGAAGAAGACGAAGAAACCAGUAAAAGAAGAUGAGGCAGCUGCAGAGCUCAGUGUCACUGUGAUCGAGGAAUCUGCACCAGAGCCAGAAGUAAUUGAAAUAGUGGAAGAAAUUGAAGAGAAACCGGAAGAAAAGCCUGAAGAAAAGCCCGUAGAGCAGCCCACCGAGUACCAGUUCACGAUUAAGGAAAGCCAACCUGAAGCUCCAGCAGAAGUUGAAGAGGUAGAAGAUGUUCAAGAGGUACGAUUCCAAAAGAAAACGCCAAAGGUCGCUGAGCCAAUUGAAGAGCCGGAAGCUGAAGUUACCCUUAAACCAAAACCUAAGACAGAAGAAGUACAGGAGGAAGUUAAGAUUGCUAAGAAGAAACCCAAGUCUAAGGUUGUGGAGGAAGCUGCUGAAGAACUGACAGUUAAGGUAGAGGAAGAAGUUACUCCAGAGCCCAUAAUAGUGGAGGAGGAAGUCGUAGAAGAAAUUGAACUGAAGAAACCAGAAAAGCCAACACCAGAGGAAACAGUUGAUGACGCCGUUUUCAAAAUUAAGAAACCAAAAGCUCCUGCAGAAGAGGAGGAGGUUGUAGCUGAAGUGACUUUGAAGCCCAAGGCUCCAAAGGAGGUGCAGGAAGAAGAGUUCUCUGUAGAUGUUAAGUUACCAGCAGAAAAGAAGGUUUCAGAGGAAACAUCCGACCAAACUGUGCAGCUCAAGAAGAAAAAGAAGCCUCAAAAACCAGUUGAGGAAGCUGCAGAUGAGCUACAACUUAAGCAAACCGUCAUCGAGGAGAGACCACUUGAGAUUGAAGAGGAGGAAAUCAUUGAUGAAGCCGUUGUAAUACGAAGGAAACCAAAGAAACCCUUCCAACCAACUGUUGAAGAUCUUGAAGAAACUGAAUUCAGCCUCUCAUUCAAGAAGCCACAUACUGUUACCGAAGGCGUCGAAGAAGCAGCUACAGUUCUUAAGAAGCGUCCGGUGAAGCCCCAAACCCUUGAUGAAGCUGCAGCGGAGCUGUCUAUAAAACGCCUGGAAGAAGAAUACGAAGAAGGCGAUGACGUUGAAGAAUUUGUGGUUAGUCAACGGCCCAAACCAAAACAAAUGCAAAUCACCGAUGAAGAAGACCAGGAAUACACCAUUAAGAAGCUCAAACGCCGCAAGAAGGUGGACAUUCCAGAGUUCUCUGAAGUUGAAAAUGUCACUUUCCGAGCAAAGUCCACAAAGACCAAGGAGGACGUGGACCAAGAGUUUAAUAUUGCUCUUGACUCCUAUGCUGAAGAGGAAGUGUCAAUGUCUGGUAAAGUAAAACUUAAGAAGCCAAUUAAGAAGACCUACUCUGAAGCAACUGAUGAGGCCAGGAUCAAAAUUUUGCAAGACUAUGAUGAUGGUGAAGGUCCAAUAAUUGAGGAAAUCCACGACGAUGAGGAUACCAUCGACGAAGUUGAGGAGCCUGAAGAGUACAUGGUUGAAGAGCUGCCUCCAGAUGAGGUUGACUUCAAGCUGAAGCCCAAGAAACAGCCCAAACCACAUUACUCGAUCCAAGACGAAGAAGAGGAACAAUUCUUAAUUGGUCUGCGACAUGCCAAACGUGAUUCAGUUACCUAUGAUGAGGACUCUCUAACAUUCAAAAAGAAGCGUAAAAUUGUACAACAACUUUUCAAUGAAGAUGGCGCUUCUCUUAACAUUACCAGAGAAAUGGAUGUGGAAGAAUCUCAAACUGAGAAUAUCAUGUACUCCAUUUGCAAUUACAUUGCCGAUAACGAUGAGGCCAUUAACUUAGUUGAGGGUGAAAAGGUGCAGGUUGUAGGACGUCACAGCUCCGAAUGGUGGUAUGUCAAGAAGAGCAUUACCGAAGAAGAAGGUUGGGUCCCAGCCCAAUAUCUUAUGGAGCCCGCGGAGUACGCCCAAUAUGUGCAGAAUAAGCUGCACGAGAAGAUUGACAAGCUACCUGUGUUUGAAAGACCAGGACCUCAGGACAAGCCCAUUGCACCGCGUUUUAUUGAAAAAUUACAGCCAAUUCAUACACCUGACGGCUAUACAGUGCAGUUCGAAUGCAAGGUCGAGGGUAAUCCAAGACCACAAAUCGCUUGGUUCCGCGAAACAGCUAUCAUAAAGCCCUCGCAAGACUUCCAAAUGUUCUACGAUGAGGACAAUGUGGCCACAUUGAUAAUUCGCGAAGUCUUCCCCGAAGACGCUGGCAAGUUUACUUGCGUGGCCAAGAAUGCCGCUGGCUUCACUUCCAGCACAACCGAAUUGAUUGUCGAGAGUCCGUUAUCGGAUCAUGGCUCAGAUGCCACGGCACUUUCGCGCAGAAGCAUGUCACGUGAAUCUUCCAUGGCUGACAUACUCGAGGGCAUACCGCCAACGUUUUCGCGUAAGCCCAAGGCACAAUAUGUCGAUGAAGGCGCCAAUGUAAUCUUGGAGUGCCGCCUUGUCGCGGUGCCCGAGCCUGACAUCGUUUGGACCUUCAAUGGGGAAGAUAUUGAUGAGGAAGAGAUCAAGAAUAUUCGCAUUGUAACCGAAUCGGACAUGCAUAUGUACUGCAGUGUUGUGCAUAUUACAAAGGUUAAGAAAUCUCAGGAAGGUACUUACGAAGUGAUUGCCACAAAUCGCGAAGGCGAAGCUCGUUUGCCUAUCACACUGAAGGUACGAACUUCGGAUAAGGAAGCUCCACAAAUUCUGGAACCGUUGCGAAAUAUGGUCAUACGUGAGGGUGAAAGCGUUGUGCUCUCGACACAAAUUGUAGGCAAUCCAGCGCCCAAGGUAACGUGGUACAAGGAUGGCAAGCCCAUCAAGAAUGCCAAAUCAGAAAAAGACAUACACACCCUAACACUGAUAACGCCCAAAAAAUCGGAGAAGGGCGAAUACACGGUCAAGGCUGUCAAUCCAUUGGGCAGUGUGGAAACCACUGCCUAUCUUACAAUUGAAGAACCGACGAGUGGCAAUGCAGAGCCUCCAUUAUUUGUGGAGCGCUUUGAGGAGCAGUCGGUGCCACAGAAGGGCGAGAUUCGUUUACCUGCUAAGGUUUCGGGCAACCCAGUACCCGAGGUACAAUGGCUUUUCAACAACAAUCCACUGUAUUCCAGCGAGCGCGUACAGCAGAUCUACGAUGGUGAAAAUAUUGAGCUCAUUAUCAAGGACGCCAAUCCGGAAACCGAUUCGGGUGACUACAAGUGUAUUGCCAGCAAUCCCAUUGGCAAAACAUCGCACGGUGCGCGUGUGAUCGUUGAAGUCGAUGAGGUGACCUUUACCAAGAAGCUGAAGAAGACCAUUACCAUUGAGGAGGUGCAAUCUCUGACUCUUGAGUGCGAAACCUCGCAUGUGGUUUCUACCAAAUGGUUCUUCAAUGGUAAAGAGCUGAGUGGCAUGGAUCACCGCGUUGUCGUCGAGGAUGGCAAGACACACAAGUUGGUCAUUAGGAAUACAAAUCUACGCGAUUCAGGUACUUAUGUGUGCAAGGUUAAGAAGCAGGAGACACAAUCCACUGUGGAGGUGCUGCAGCGUAAGCCGGACUUCAUUAAAGUCCUGGAGGACUAUGAGGUUACCGAAAAGGACACAGCCAUUUUGGAUGUUGAGCUGACAACCGAAGCCGUAGAAGUCACCUGGUACAAGGAUGGCGAGAAAAUUACACCAGAAAACAAAAACUGCGAGUUCAUCAAGGACGGCAAGUCGAGGCGUUUGGUAAUACGCGAUACAACAAUUCACGAUGAGGGCGAGUACACGUGCAAGCUGGAGGGCCAGGAGUGCAGUGCAGAGCUGACUGUCAUUGAACUGCCACCGGAGAUUGUAAAACACUUGAAGGACGUCAACGUCACCAAGGGUGAGAAUGCCGUAUUCGAUAUUGAGCUGAGUAAGGGCGAUGCUCUGGUUAAGUGGUUUAAGAACGGCAAAGAAAUCAAGUUCAAUGAGCGCAUACAACUGACGAUUGAUGGUAAAAAGCAAUCUAUACGCAUUCUUAAGGCUAAGCCUGAAGAUGUGGGCGAGUACACCAUUCAAGUGGGAGACCAAGUUUCCAAGGCAAAACUGACAGUUGAGGAGCCAUUGGUAGACUUUGUACUUCGUUUGCCCGACGUCACGCUGGCCACCAAGACCACAGAUGCCGAGUUCACUGUCGAGCUCUCGCAGCCCGAUGUCGAAGUUACCUGGUAUAAGAAGGGAAAGCCCAUCAAGCCCAACAAAAAGCAUGAAGUCUUCGUUGAGGGCACUGUUCGACGUCUGGUCAUUCAUGAUGCCGACGAUGAUGAUGCGGGUGAGAUCAGCUGUGUUGCCGAAAAUGUCACUAGCAGCAGUAAGCUGUGCGUUGAGGAGCUCAAGUUGCCGCCCGUGAUUACCUCUGACAAGGAUCAAACCAUCAAAGUAAAGGAGAAUGAAGACGCUACAUUCACUGUCAAGUACACUGGAGCGCCCACACCCGAAGCCGAGUGGACCUCCCGCAAGGUUGUCAUUCCCAAGUCAAAACGUACCAUACCCACAAUUGAUGAACAGUCCGCAACUCUGACCAUUAAGAAGGUCGUUGACGAUGACGAGGGCGAGUACACUGUUAAACUUGUAAAUCCCGUGGGCGAGGCCGAAGCCAGCCUGCACUUGGUCAUUAUGCGUAAACCUACGGCACCCGGCACACCGCAGCCCUUGGAGGUGAUGCACGAUUCAAUAACUCUCUAUUGGAAGGCUCCUGAAGAUGAUGGCAAGUCUGAAAUUAUAGAAUACAUUCUGGAGUAUCAUGAUGUUAAACAAGAAAAGUGGAUUGAGAUACGCAAGAUUAAGGACACAACUUAUACCAUCAGCAAGCUGAAGAUCGAUACAGAAUACGUGUUCCGUUCGAUUGCAGUCAACGAAGUUGGUCCAUCGCCACCCUCACCCAUCUCGUCGCCCAUACGGCUGGUGCCUAAGGUGGAAACCGAAGCGCCCAGCGUACGCGAGCCUCUGCAGGAUAUUGUCAGCGAUCUAAACAAGGAAGUGACAUUGUCCUGUGUGUUUGGCGGCAUUCCAGAGCCAACUGUCACAUGGAAGAAGAAUGGCGAAGUCUUCGAGUCGAGCAGCCUGCGCUACGAGAAUCGUGUUGCCAAAUACACUAUUGAAAAGACAACUAUUGAGACUGAGGCCACCUACACGUGCGUGGCUACGAAUGAGAAGGGCUCCGUGGAGACAUCGUGUAGACUGAAACUGCAGCAGAAGCCAACCGUUGAGAUUGAGGACAAAUAUUUGUCCCAAAAACUGCGCACUGGCAGCACUCUCACCAUUCCAGCAACAGUUCGUGGCUAUCCACAGCCUACUGUGACCUGGCACAAGGAGACUGUCGAACAGAAGUCCACCACCCAGCAAGUCACGAUUGAAACCACAGAGACCAGCUCCACCUACACCCUUAAGAAGGUAACACGCGAACACUCUGGUCGCUACAAGGUGACGGUCACAAAUGAAUCGGGCUCCAGCUAUGCGGAAUGCACGGUUCAAGUGAUCGACAAGCCGAGCAGGCCACAAUCCCUGGAGGUGAAAGACAUCAAAAAGGACUCAAUUACCCUGGAAUGGACGCCGCCAAUCGAUGAUGGUGGCAUGGAAAUCAAGCAGUAUACGCUGGAGAAAUGCGACGUACAGAACAAUGUUUGGAUGAAGGUUUCCGACUUCGACAAGGACAUCAACUCGUAUGCCAUUCAAAAACUUUCCAUGAAUGCACAGUACAUGUUCCGAGUGGUCGCCAUUAAUCCCAUUGGUGAAUCGGAACCAACUGAGAGUGAGCCUGUGACCAUAACCAAGAGGUUCGAGAAACCAACGCCACCACGUGAGCCCACCGCGGUGUCUGGCAUGAACGACACUUCGUUCACAUUAUCCUGGGAGCCGUCGGAGAGCGAUGGUGGCUCCAAGAUAAUUGAGUACAUUGUGGAAAUAAGGGAAGAGACUGAAACCGUUUAUCGCUCCUUGGGCACUACGACGGGCACUGUAACAAACAUUCACGUCGACAAAGUUGUGAGAAACAAGGGCUAUCUGUUCCGAAUCUACGCUCGAAACGAGGUUGGCACCAGCGACGCGUUCGAGACAACAGAGAAGAUUGUUGUUGGACGCAAGAUAACGAAUAACCAAGAAAACAUGGCGCCGCCUUCGCCUCCUCAAAAUCUGAGAGCGCCGGAUAUAACCAGCCGCAGCGUCACUCUCGAUUGGGAGGUGCCAGCCAGAAAUGGUGGUUCCGAAAUCACAGGCUAUUGCGUGGAGAAACGCUCUUCAACAUCGACCAGCUGGACAAAGGUCAUUACACUGGAUGCACACCAGCUGCACUACACCAUAGACAAUCUGAAGGAUAAGUGCGAGUAUUGGUUCCGUGUGUCAGCGGAGAAUGAGGUUGGAUUAGGUGCACCAGCCGUCACGGAAAGCAUAUCGCUUAAGACACACGCAACUGUACCAUCGCCACCAACUGCUCCACUGGAGGCCCGAGUGCUUGCGGCCAAUGCACACGUAUUCGAAUGGGGUAUACCCGAGUCAGAUGGUGGUGCGCCUCUGCUCGGCUAUCACAUAGCCAUACGUGACAUGAAGAAGUCCAUGUGGAUUGAGGUCGGUCGGGUGCCAGCCGGUGUGCAGAAAUUCCAGAUAAGAGACCUGCAAGAGAAUCACGAGUACAUGAUACGCAUUCUCGCCAAGAAUGAGAUUGGUCUGAGUGAACCGCUCGAGUCCGAGGAGCCAUACAAAGUGAUGACAGCGGGUCAUGCCAGCCUGCCCGAUGAGCCGCGCACAGAGAUGAGCACAUGCAACACGUCCUCCUGGCUGCGGGAUCACAAUAUGGAUGCGGACAUACACUCGUAUGCCCGUGGCAGGCUGCUUCAACGCGAUGAGUACUUCUUCCGUCUCUGGGCGCAAAUGCCCAAGAAGAAGAAGAGCUCCAAAUAGACAAAAACAUAAAACAAAACAGAACAAACACAAACACCAACACCAACAAAUAGCCAUGACAAAAAACGAAUGAAACUUAGGUUAGGUUAAGCUUAUUUCAAUUGUAUUUUAAUGAAUUCUUAACUUUUUAUUUAGCUUUUUCUACUUGUAAUGUACCCAUUGUAAAGGGCAUGUAAUGUUCGGCAUAUGCGUCCGGCAACAGCGAUGUUCACGAAACUGAGACAGAAUGGGGCGAGCGAAGACAAACUUGAUGUUUGAGUGCGUGAACGUGGCUGUUGGCCUGUGACCUCAUUGGCCCAUUACAUAAACUAUGAAAGAAAUUUGUUUAUAAUUUGCAUAAAUUCGUAUGAUUUCCUGCGCUUUAUUUUUGUAAGCUGUGAUAAAUUUAUCAAAUUCGAAAGCGUCAAACGAUAAAAUGCCAUGACAUUUGCGCCAGGACACAACGCGCAUCGGGCACAGGACAGUCAACGGACAACGGACAACAACCAGCAACCAAAAUAGCAACAACAACAACAACACCAGCCACAAGAACACAACACAAGUGAUUCAAUAUCCUCUAGGGAGACAAACAACAAAUGGUGCAAUUCGAUAUGAGUUACGAGUACGUUGUGUUCCUGUGUGUGUGUAUGUGUUUGAGUGUGUUGCGUUGUGCGUCGCGCUGACUGUCCUUUGCCUUUGCCGUGUGCUCACUGUGAGCAAAUUUAUGACAUCUAGAGGGUUACAUAACUAUACUCCUAUAUAUACAUAUAUAUUGUGAAAGAACCCAACAUGACUUUAAACUGAAGAAAAACCAAACAAAGAGAACUAAAUGAAAAAUAAAAUAAAUAUGAAUGA